AUGGAUGCUGGACAAAAGUGUACUAAGAAGAGGAGUUGUGUUAGACAACAGACACCUAAGAAGAAGAAGAAUGUGCCACCUAGUGGAAUAGAUGAUGAGGAAAUGUCUCCUAGGACUAAGAAGAAGAAGGCAAAAAGGUAUGUUGGAAGAAAAAGAAAACAUGUUCUAUCCCAACAAGAAGCAGACAAUGUGCCAAACACUGGGCCUAGUGGAGAUCAAGGUAAUGAGCCAGGUGAGGUUGACCCAAAUGAUGAGGUAAGGGAUAAGCCUAAUUCAGAUCCAGUGGCUGAGGAAUUAGACUCAGACCUAGAUAAGGCAUACCAAUCUGAGACAUUUAACUCUCCAAUAUCCAGUUCAGAUGAGGAGCAUAAGGCAAGAUAUCCUGACUUCAAUGAGGAUGCAGAGUAUGGUGAGGUUCAGUUUCAGGUUGGGCAACACUUUGAGACCAUGGCAAUAUUCAAGCAAGCUCUUGAGGACUACUUUGUAUAUGAGGGUAAAGAGCUUAUGUAUUUGAAGAAUGAGCCCAAGAGGAUUAGAGCAAGAAAUUUGAGCAGUAACAUGGCUGAUAGAGCUUGGGUGACAAGUAAAUUGGUAAAAAGAUUGGUAACUCAACCUCUAAUGACUCCGAAAGAGGCACUAGAGCACAUGAAUCAGAACUACAAUGUCCAUAUACAUUACAGGAUGAUAUACAGAGCUUUGAGAGCUGCUAGAGAGCAAACAAUUGGAAAGGAGCGAGAACAAUAUGGAAAGCUACAUGACUACUUAAAUGAAAUACACAGAAGCAAUCCAGGUUCCACUGGGAUGAUUGAUGUAAUUCCUCGACCGGAUAGUCGUCCACUAUUCAAUAGGUUGUAUAUUUCACUGGAUGCAUGCAAGAAAGGCUUCAAGGCGGGAUGUCGCCAUCUGAUUGGAUUGGAUGGAUGCUUCUUAAAAGGGUACUUCGGUGGUCAUCUUUUGUCAGCUGUGGGGCAGGAUGUCAAUAAUAGUUUCUUUGUAAUAGCAUUUGCUGUAGUUGAAGCUGAGAACACUGAUUCCUGGAAAUGGUUUCUUUCAAUCCUGCACGAUGAUCUUGGUCCGGUGGCUACCAAUGGGUGGAACUUCAUGUCUGACCAGCAGAAGGGGUUGGCUAAGGCAUUGCAUGAGGUUAUGCCACAAGCCUAUCAUAGAAAUUGUGUCUUACAUAUAUGGAAAAACUUCAUCAAGCACUUUAAGGACAAGCACACAAAAGGACUAGUUUGGAAGGCUGAUAAGAGCACAACAAUGAGAGAGUUCAAAGACAAUAUGGAGCUUGUGAAGAAGGUAAACAAGGAUGCUUGGGAGUAUCUACAGAAGUUUGAUCCCGGUGCAUGGACGAAGGCUUACUUUAGCCAUGGCCCGAAGUGUGACAAUAUCACCAAUAACAUGUGCGAAGUUUGGAAUGCCAAGAUCGUGGAGUAUAGAGAGAAGCCAAUUUUAACUAUGUGCGAGGAGUUUCGAAGUUACAUUAUGCGAAAAAUGGCAGGGAACAAGCACAGGUUAAGAAAAUGCAAGGGUAAGUUGGCUCCAAUUCAACAACUAAGGUUGGAUGAGUACAUUUCUGAGAGCAACAAGUGA